AUGUCUUUCCCUUUCCCAACAGUUGAUGCACCUUUCGGUAUCCCGUUAUGGCCGUUGUUCGACAAGGUCGUCUCCAACGUCUCCGGUGGUGCUUUUAUCCCCUCGGAGUUCGAAUUUGUCCCUGGUCAGACUCCAUUAUCCACUUUUCCUCCAGUAGCUUUGGCUAUUGGUGUCUACUACUUGGUGAUCUUCGGUGGAGAUUUCAUUUUCAAGAAGUUCAACAUCAAGCCCUUCGUAUUGAACGGACCGUUCCAAGUUCACAACUUGUUCUUGACCUCGCUUUCAUUCACGUUGUUGAUUCUUAUGGUGGAACAGUUGUUCCCUAUCAUCUACCGUGAAGGUCUUUUCUAUGCCAUUUGUAACGAAAACUCAUGGACUCAGCCAAUGGUGACUCUUUACUACUUGAACUACUUGACAAAGUUCACUGAGUUCAUUGAUACCGUAUUUUUGGUCGUGAAACAGAAGAAGUUGACUUUCUUGCACACCUACCACCAUGGUGCUACUGCCUUGUUAUGUUACACGCAGUUGAUUGGUUCUACUCCUAUCUCGUGGGUUCCUAUCGGAUUGAACUUGGGAGUACACGUAGUCAUGUAUUGGUACUACUUCUUGGCUGCUAGAGGUAUCAGAGUGUGGUGGAAAGAAUGGGUCACCAGAUUCCAGAUCAUCCAGUUCGUCUUAGACUUGGGCUUUGUCUACUUCGCUACGUACCAAAAGCUCAUCUACACCUACUUCCCAGAAUAUCUCGAAGUUUUGCCUAUUUGUGGUGACUGUGCCGGUACCAUGUUGGCCGCAUACUCUGGCUGUGCCAUCUUGUCUUCGUAUUUGGUUUUGUUCAUUGCCUUUUACAUUGACGUCUACAAGAGAAAGUCGUCUAAGAAGGCUAGAAUUGUCAAGGCUGUUCACGGGGGUGUUGCUGCCCAAGUCAAUGAGUACGUUUACGUCUCAGGCAGAACCUUGUCGCCUACUCCAGAAAGCAUUGUGAAUCAACAGUUCCGUUCCAGAAAGGCAUAG